AUGUCGGAGCGCAAGCCCAAACCCAAGGAUCCUCGAGACUUCGAUCCUAUCAUUUCACGCUCGAAUAGAGACCGAUCUUCUUCUACCCGCAGUGUCAGUAUCGUGAGUUCGACCGCCAGCACGGCGUCAAGUAGGACCCCCGCCUUGUCGCAACCCAAAAAGCAAAAGCAACCCAGCGUCCUUGUCAACCCCAUUUCAUCACCCACAAUGUCGACCUUGUCUAGCGCAUCGCAGUCCCCGUCAAUAUCAUCAGUGGAUACCAGACCCGGAACUGGUGUGGAAUCCCUACAUGGUGAUAGCAGCACAGAUCGAAUCUACGUUCUCAGUGGCAUGAUCCCAUUAAUCACCACCGACAGCCCCCCAGAGCCCGCUCUAUCGCGCGCAUCACUCUCAUCCUGGGAUACAACCGCUGCAGCCUCUACAUCAUCCGCCACCCCGUCAAUACCGGUAUCUCUAACAGCCAGCACAGAGCAGCGCACAUACGCAUGUCUCUUCCAUAUGCUGGACUGCCAUGAGUCCUUUGACGACGGUGCGGAAUGGCGCACCCAUGUCUUGAGCCAUUUUCGUUCCCACCCGACCCCGCCGUCAGCGCGGUGUCCGCUGUGUCCGAAUACCAAGUUUGUCGACGGCAUCUCGCACCCCGUUUCAUCGCCGGUUCGUGAAGAUGUCGAGUCGCCCCACUCUAUCGAUGGGAUUGUUCAAGAACCGCUGACAGACUUGCCUUCUGCGUGGGAUCGUAUGCUCGACCAUGUCGAUGUGGACCACUACUCUCUUGGUCAGACGCUGGCUGGUAGUCGGCCGGACUUUGAGCUUAUGCGGUAUCUUUAUGGAAUGCGGGUUAUCACCGAUGCGCAGUUUAAGGCUAUGCAGUUGCCGCCCGCGCCGUCGAGUCCGGCUUAUCAUCGCUCGCAGGAUGGUGUCAGGGCGAGUAUUGGCUCUGCAGAUGAGCCGUACUGUGCGCCAUAUAGUAAACGGCGAGAGGAGAGGAUGAGAGGACAGCAGAGAGGUGCCGGGGUUUUGUAG